AAAUUUUUAACCAAUUUAUGACAGUUCUAUUUCCGCCAUUUCGCUUGUAUCUAAAUCGCGGUAUUUAUCAUAUUUGAUCGAGUUAUCAUAAGAAAAAAAACGACAUCGUUCGUUCUCUUUUCAUUGGAAAACAUUUGUUAAAGUUUUGUUACUUGUCCAGCUGUCAUUCCAUCAGAAAAGAUGUCUGGAGGUGGAGACCAAGAUGAGGGUUACGUCGUUAAAUUACGCGGAUUGCCGUGGUCAGCAACCGUUGACGAAAUCUUAAAAUUUUUUAAAGACUCGAAGGUAAAAGGAGGAAAAAGUGGUGUACAUAUGACUACUUCACGUGAAGGUAGGCCUAGUGGAGAAGCAUUUGUUGAAUUUGAAGACUCGGAGGAUGUUGAAAGAGCGUGUGAAAGAGAUAGGGAUCAUAUGGGAAAUAGAUAUAUAGAAGUGUUUAAAGUAAAUCGAGCUGAAAUGGAAUGGGUGAUAAAACGUUGUGGACCAACGUGCGGCUCAAAUGAGGACGGUUGUGUACGACUUCGAGGUUUACCGUUUGGGUGUUCGAAAGAAGAAAUUGCCCAAUUUUUUACGGGGUUGGAGCUUGUGCCGAAUGGAAUAACCCUACUGACUGACUACUCGGGGCGAAGUUCGGGGGAGGCUUACGUUCAGUUUGUUAGCAAAGAAGUGGCAGAGAAAGCUCUGCAGAAACAUCGGGAAAAGAUUGGACACAGGUACAUUGAGAUCUUUCGAAGCAGCUUGUCAGAGGUGAACAGUGUCUUGGGUUACUCUUAUCGGAGGAUGGGUGGAAGUGGUGGUGGAGGAGGUGGUUCAAUUGGUAGCUAUUCAAGACCUGGACCAUAUGAUCGUGGGGAUCGCUAUGGAAGUGGAGGUGGUGGUCGGUUCCAAGCGCGGGGAUCGCGGAGUUUUAAAGGUGGCAAUUCUUCAAUGUCGGGCAAUAAUGGUGAGAUGUUUAUAAAAAGAUCCCCGACGUUUGAUAUGAGUGAUUGGAGUUCGGAAGAUCGUGGAAAUGGGGCUCAUUGUGUACAUAUGAGAGGGUUACCAUUUAAAGCAACCCAACUUGAUAUCUCAGAUUUUUUUAAACCGAUAGUUCCAGUAAAUAUUCGACUACUUCAAGACCACACCGGAAGGGCGUCUGGGGAAGCUGACGUUGAGUUUGCGUCUCAUGACGAUGCAGUGAGGGCAAUGUCGAAAGAUAAAGGACACAUGCAACACAGAUAUAUAGAGUUAUUUUUGAAUUCUUCACCGUCCGGAGGUGGGGGAUCAUCUGGUAAUAACAGAAGAAGAACUUGAAAAUAUUUAAAAAGGGUAAAGAGGGGUGUAUAAGGAUGGAUUUGAGACAAACAUGAAGAAAGAAAAUGGGUGAUUGUUUUUUUUUGUAUAAUUUCUAAUUACUCUAGUUCUUUUAAAGGCUAAAGCGACUCUCGUAUAUAACUACUACUUAUUAUACACAUAAUAUACAUUUUGUACCUUGCGUUACGUUGACUGUUGUGUUUUCAAGAAAAAUUUAAAAUGAGGGACUUGUGUAAGGUUUUUUUUUGUAUAGAUUAGUUCGUUUAUUUUGUAUCUGAGUCAAUAAAAGGUAUGAGUAUUAUAAUUAAUAUAAUUUCAAUAACUUUUUAUAAAAAAAAAGUUAUAAAUAAAUAAGUUGAUAUAGUAGAAA